ACACUAUCCCCCAGAAUGCAUUGCGGAAGAACAUGGCCGGCUGUGGUGGUGGAUCGCUAAGCAAGCUAGGAUGAAUGCGCUUCGUUUCUGCAAUACUUACAUUCCUCUCAGAUAAUCGCUUGUUUGGCUGAACAUUGAGCCACUUUUGUAAAUUAUGUCCCAGUAAUCUUGUUGUGUUCAGCCCGCGAAUCCCCGCAUUUUCCUCGGUUCGUCACAGCAGCACAUUUUUCUGGAGACAGACAGGAGCUGACAUGGCAGCGGUCGUCGCCAAACGAGAGGGGCCGCAGUUCAUCAGCGAAGUCGCUGUGAGGGGAAACGCCGCUGUGCUGGACUAUUGCCGCACGUCGGUGUCAGCUCUGUCUGGGGCCACGGCCGGCAUCCUCGGCCUGACGGGACUAUACGGCUUCAUCUUUUACUUCCUCGCCUCGUUCCUCCUCUCCCUGCUGCUCAUACUCAAGGCAGGACGCAGGUGGAACAAGUGCUUCAAAUCCCGGCGCCUGCUCUUCACUGGCGGUCUUGUAGGAGGCCUUUUCACUUACGUCCUGUUCUGGACUUUCCUCUAUGGAAUGGUGCAUGUAUACUAGAAUGACCUGCCAAGAAUAACCAGAUUCAUCCCUCACUAAUUCUAAGUAAAAUCAACAUCUUUGUCUGCCCUUCUGUUUGUAGAUUCGCAGCCAGGGAAAGACUUUGAUUUCUGCUCUAUGAACUGUUUAUAUAAUAAAUUUGUCAAUGACUGUACACAGAAGUAUUUGUCCUUACAUCCCUCCUGCUGUAAACAUAGCAGUGAGUAUCAACUUAACUUAUUUAACCUGUAAAUCCUGGUGUGCGCUCGUGAUCCUCCGUGCCUGGAGAGGAGCCACAGUAGUCAUGAAGUUUGGUUGUAGUAAAACAUAGAGCAAAACUUAGUAUAACUUACUAGUGUCAUCUUUUUUUAGGACUCUGGAUAGAAUAUAACAAAUCUGACUGGAUCGUUUGAAAUAAAUACUUACAUACAA